AUGACACUUGUGCAACAAAGAUGAGCUCAUUCGUUCUCUGAGCAUUAUGCAAUACCUAUUUUCACAAUUCAUACCGCGUAGAGAUGGGUUUAUAUUCUUGGUUUCGAAAUUUAGGAUUGUUUGGGAAGACGUCCGUGGUCCUUGGCGGGGGUGUUGUUAGCUUUGGUUUGGGUUAUUGUGCCUACAAACUAUUUUCACGACGAAAAAAAUUGGAACUGUUUGACGAGAGUCCUAAUAAUGGAAACGAACAUAAACCUGCUGUUCAGAAACGUGUUUUGGUACUGGGUUUAGAAGGUUGUGGGAAGACUACUUUUCUUGCUGCUAUUGCUAACCUUGGUUCUGGUACAGUAGGCAGUGAAAGUAAGCCAACUGAAGGAUUUAAUGUUAUGUGUGUCACAACUAAUGGCGUCCAUCUGAACAUUUGGGAAAUUGGUGGAAGUGAAAAAGUGCAAAAUUACUGGUCUAAGUUUACAGAUGAGACUGAUCUCCUUAUUUAUAUGGUUGACUCGAGUGAUGAAGAACAUUUUACAGAAGCCAAAGAUAAACUAUAUGAACUUUUACAAGAUUCUUGCCUACAAAAUACACCUUUAAUAAUUCUUGCUAGCAAGCAGGAUAAAACUGGAGCUCAUUCAGUUAACUUUCUUCGAACCAUGUUUGAUGUUGACAAUCUUCUUUAUUCUCGAUCUGUGGAAUGCUUUGGAAUACAAAUAUCUCCACUUGGACCAGAGCUUCAAGGAUUGGAAAUUGUACAAAACUCUAUUUUAAAAUUUUGUAUGGAAUCAUAAAAGGAUUAAGUUUGAAGAUGUGUUAUAUUUUGAAUUUAUUUUUAGGCUUUGACUGUAUUUUGAAAGUACAACUGUAAAUAUGAACUUCUGUUGUAUUUUUGUUAAUUAUUUUAAAGCUUAUUAUGUCAUUUAUUGCUUUCGUUUCACUCGAAAUGACAAAAUCAUGAAGUGAUAUUUACAAAUCUUUUUAAUCUAA